UCAAAUAAAUAAAUAAAAUCUUUAAAAAAAAAACAAAAAAACCAGGAGAUUCUCGGGAAGGGCCAUCAUGCUCUACGUUGCAGUCCUCUGAAUGAAAACAAGAAUGAAUGGAAAGACUCUGAUCCACUUGAAAGCAUUCAAGGCAUCUUCUAUCAGUUUAAGACUGAAAAGGCCACGAAUGUGAUCCUGAGUGACCUGCGGGUCAACGACCACUUCAACAUCAUCACCUUUUCUGACUCGGUUAGUGUCUAGAAAGCUGGAGGCUCCAUUCAGGCUACCAUCCAGAAUAUCCACAGCACCAAGGACUACCUGGGUCACAGGGAAGCUGAUGGUUGGACCAACGUUCACCCAGCUCUGCUAACCAUAGCAGUGCUAAACCACAGCAGUCAGGAGACUGGACGGGGCCCCAAUAAGGGGAGGAUUCCUCUCAUCAUCUUCCUGACAGAUGGGGAGCCCACAGCCAGUGUGAUGACCCCCAGGGUGACCCUCUCCAACAUCUGUCAGGUGCUGGGCAACAGGGUGUCCCUUUUCAGUUUGGCCUCUGGGGAUGAGGCUGACUUCCCAUUGCUGUGUCACCUGCCCCUGGAGAACCAGGGAGCAGCCCAGUGCAUGUAUGAGGGCACUGAUGCACCCCUACAGCUGGAGGACCUCUAUGAGGAGGGCCUCUCCAUGCCUCUGCUGGCAGAUGUGCAUCCGGACUGCCUGGGCGGCUUGGUUGGGGCCUCCCCUUGGGCCUUUUCCCCCAGUUAUUCUGGGGGCUCAGAACUGGUGGUGGCAGGACAAGUGCAGGCACAGGCAGGCAAGCAGGAACUGGGCAUCCACCUGGCAGCCCGUGGCCCCUAGGGUCAUCUUCUUGUGGCCUGCCACAGUGAGGUGGCCACCAACAGCAGCCAGAAGAACUUUGGUGUCCCAGGGGAGCCAGCCUACAAUGUAGCCCACUUCACCUGCUGCUUCUGGGCCUACAUCACUAUUGAAGAGUUGCAGGGAUGCUUCCGAGCCCGUGACACCACCACUCUCCACCUGCUGGCCGCCAAAGUCCUCAACCUGUCCCUUGAAUACAACUUUGUCACACCUCUGACUUCACUGGUCAUGGUGCAGCCCAAGGAGGCAAGUGGGAAGGCCAGGAUACAGACUUCCACUGCAGCUGGACGCACCAUUAUGCCCUCAUCCACCAGCAGGCAUGGCCUAGGGACAGGCACAGCCCAGUCAGCCUUGGUACCCAAGGUGUCUCCCAAAUCAAGGCUUGUGAAACCAAGGUCCUAUUUAUCCUCAACGACUCCUGCCUCUACAGAAAUUAUGCCCAGUUCCAAGGAGUUGGAGCCACUGGGUCAGAGCACUAGUACCCUAUCCACCCCAGCACACCCAAAGCCCCCAAAUCCAGCACAACAGGAUUCUGGCACUUUGGUUCAGCCAACUCUCAGAAUAAAAACUGCUGCCUUUGGGCCCUCAAACUCUGGUGCCCCGUUGCUUAUGAAGCCCAGUGCACCAUCACACCAGAAUCCUGGUACCCUAUUACCCAUGAGUUCCAAGACACAAGUCCCACCUCUGAAUCCUGGCACCCUAUCCCAGCCCAAAGCUGGCAUUAUGAAACAUGUUAUUCCACUGCCCUCCAAACCUGGUGCUCCAUCACAACCCAAACUGGAUGUUCUAUCACACUCUCAACCUGGGGUACUCACGUCACAGUCACCCAAAAGCUUGCCACAGCCCAAGCCUGGAGUCUCCACACUUCAGAUCCUCAAAUACCUACCACACACUAGACCAAAUGUUCCUGCUCACAAGACCCCAGACAAUCUGUCACACCCUAACCCCAGGAUCCUCUUACCUUAGGCCCCUAAGAUAAUCCCAUCACUCUUAAAUCUAGUACCCUACCUCCCCCAAAUGACCCAAGCUUAUCAUUUUUCCAAACCUAAGACCCCAAUCCCCAAUAAACCCAAAACCCCAUUACCCCCCAGACCUGCCAGACCUAUGCCCCCACCUCCUCGGGAUCCAAGCACAUUCACAAGCACAACCUCAAGUCCCGCAAGUCCCAGCAGCACCAUGACCACCUCUGUCCUUGGAGAAGCCCUCCCUAUUACCUUUGGCUCCACCUUGCCCUCUCGGCUGCCGAGAAAGCUCUGGCAUCAGCAUGACCUGCUGCUGGGGCCCCAAAGUACCAGGCAAAUUCUGGGACUAUCUGUGUCAGAAGUCCCAACAAUGAGCCUACCCAGCAGCUCCAGGCCUAUGCCAGAAGGCAGCCCCCCAAACCUGCCAGUCUUGCUGCCUUCUGGCACCCUCCCUGAGGCAGUCAGCCUACUCCAUCUCCCUGAGGAGCUAGAGCUGCUGUCUGAGUCAAUGGUGGAGUCCAUGAUCAUGGAGUCCUUGAAUCCACCAGCUUUCUAUACCUUCCUCACUCCUGAUGAAGAUGGUGAGUGCCAUGGGCAAGAGGUCAAGCCAUGCGGGGGAGGUAUGAAUGGAGAGCUCCAGGGAUUGGGAGCGUACAAGGCUUCUGCAGAUUCUAGUGAUGACAGUUGCCUGAUUGCUUGCUUUGAGACUUUGAAUCAGCUACUUAACCUCUCUGGGCCUCAGUACAUAAGCACAGAAUUAGAGGAGGGAUGUUAA